AUGUCACAUUCGCAUUCGUGCUGCAACCACCAGUUGCCCGAGGGCUACAUUCCCAAGCACAACACGCAGGCUUGCGAGGCUUACGACCACUUCCUCAUAUCGUCCGAGACACUUAGCCUCGACAGAGCCUGCGCUCUUGUUCGUGACGACUCUGCCGGGGCCAUAUCGACAUUCGAAGGAACAACGAGAAACACAUUCAACGGCAAGCGUGUCCUCCGGUUAGAAUACGAGGCAUACGAGCCAAUGGCAAGGAAAGAAUGGCUCAACAUUGUUCAAGAGGCUCGCAGCAAGUAUCAUCUUUUGGGAACGGCGAUGCACCACAGGAUCGGCGAAGUGCCUGUUGGUCAAACGAGCGUUAUUAUUAUAGCCUCAUCUGCACAUCGCGCAGAUGCCAUUAACGCAGUGCACUUUUUAAUUGACAGCUUAAAGGCGCGCCUGCCCAUAUGGAAGAAGGAGAUUCUAGACGAUGGCUCAGGUGCCUGGAAGGAAAACGAAGCCAUUGAUCUCACUGUUCACCGGCCGGUUUCUCAUUGA